AUGGAAAUGCCAGCUGUGAACGGAAUUGGAACGGCAAGGUCGGUAGCUAAGCUUUUCUCGCUGGUUAUGUCAGGUCGAAUCAUAAGCAAGCAGUUGUUAAAGCGUCUCCUUAAGCCUGUGGAUAUGAAAAUUUACGAUGAAGUGUUUGGGUUCAAGGUGAUUAGCGGCUACGGCUUUUUAUAUACAAUAAAUCCGAUGGGUCAGUUGUUGCUGAACCACGCCGGAUUUGGAGGCCAGGAUUUAAAAGUUGACAUUUUCAACAACCUCUCGUUCGCUUACCUCACCAACAAGGUGAAACUGGAUAUUGGAGAACGAAGUCCAAUUUUUCGGCGUUUGCAAACUGCAGUGUACGAAUGUUUUCACCAAGAGAAGAAGAAAUUAUAG